AUUCCAUGAUUUAUGUUUGGACGGUUUUUUCGAGUGCGGAAAGAUUCCACUCCGGGGACAUCACGCCAAUGGAAUACAAAAUAUGCUAUGUAAAUAGGAGACGAUGAUUGCGAGGGGGGACAAGACGUGCGAGUCAACGCAGCAUUAUGUAGCAUUGUAACAUGAAGCUUAGUAAUUUCCUCGUUUACAUCACUAGCCUACUGUGGCUCAACCUGACAGACGCAAAAAUUUGCUACUUUUGGCACAUCACAGAUCUUCAUUAUGACCCGUUCCACAAUUCUCCGGAGUUCCACAGAGGAUGCCGACACAACCGGGGCAACACGGAGCACAGCCAUCGCAAUGGCCGGCACAGGGACCAUACGUGUGACAGCUCCUACUCUCUGAUACAAAGCGCCGCCGCGUUCAUGGCGGAGCGACACCCCGACACGCUUGAGUUCGUGCUUUGGACUGGGGACAUUCUAUCUUCAUCCAUGGAGCAUCUAGACGGAGAAUUCAAGUUGGAAGCCGUGCGGAACGUAACAGACGUAUUAAGUCGGACGUUUAGUAGUCAGUUCGUAUUCCCAGCACUGGGACACAGUGAUCCACCGCCUUCAAGAAGAUUAGUGGAUAUGUGGAUGCAGUGGCUACCGACAGAAGCUCUGCAGACAUUUGAAAAAGGUGGUUACUAUACUAUAGAACAAUCACAUAGCAAGUUGAGGAUCGUAGUGCUGAACAGCGUGCUGUGGGCUGGUGGCCAGACGAGGACUGAUGGUGCAACGCAGGGCAAGGCGCAAUGGGAGUGGCUGGAGCAGGUGCUUAGCACGGCUAGGAGGAAAAAUGAAAUGGUAUACUUAGUGGCGCACGCCGGGCCCGGCGUAGAGGAGCGACACAACGCCGGGAGUUCCUCAUCGACGGGAGGAGGGGAGCUGACUCCAACAGCCAACGCCCGACUCCUCUUCGUCGUCAGAGCGUUCAGUGACGUCAUCGCUGGACAGUUCUAUGGGCAUCGUCACGCGGAUACCUUCCGACUCAUUUAUAGUGAAGGGCGGCCAGUAUCGUGGGCUUUAUUAGCUCCCUCGUUGACACCACGCGGCGCCGGCAGCAUAUCGAACCCUGGAUUGAGGCUCUACAAAUUUGACUCCAAAACUGGAAAGGUUUUGGACUACACACAGUAUUACCUAGACGUAACUAAAGGGGAGAUGCACUGGGCGGUAGAAUACAAUCUGACGCAGUAUUACGGGCUGAGAGAUGUUAGUGCCGCUUCACUAGACGCCUUAGCCGAGAAGAUCCGCCACCACCAUGAUAGAGGGAUCUUUGCUAAGUAUCUAUCGGCUUUGCGUGUACGCCAUUCAACGGACAUAUCAGACUGCGACGCGGCGUGCACGCAUGUUCACUUCUGCGCGAUCACGCGCGCGGAUUAUCACGAGUUCCGUUCCUGCGUGCGCAACCCCGCGUCAGCACUUGCGUCGCGCGCGCCGCACAACUCAGCCGCCAUUUUGCUUUACGCAAUUUUGAUUUUAAUCUCUUCUUAAAAAACCACCAAGGCAAAAGUUCUCGCGUGUAUAUUUUGAGUAGAUCCACUGGAUUUUUUAUUGCUGUUGAAUAUUUUAGGACCAAUUUCACUACCUUCGUUUUAAUUAUUUCGAGUGCGGCUCGACAAGAUAAAUUGCAAGCAAAAUGUGUACUUUACAAUUUAUCUGUGCCAACUCUACAAACAAAGAUGCGUGAAUAUCUCAUGAACUUCGCUCGAUUUUACGUGUAUAUAGCAAACCUUAUUACGGGAGUUCCAUGGGAUCACAAUGGCCCCGAUUCCUGCAGACAUCUCUUAAUUUUACUUUAAGUUAUACCUGUCAUUUUCUUAUCCGCCGAAAAGGAAAGGGACGGAUGAUUGACAGCUCUUAAUUUUAGGAAGAAUGAGUAAAUAAAUGAAUAACCCGGGCGAAUUUUUAGACGGUUGUUUUAGAUUUGUGCUUAAAAUUGACGUGUGUUCCAUAAAUUUUAUGCUUGUCAAUUACCCGUCCCUUUCCUUUUCGGCGGAUAAGAAAAUGACAGAUAUAACUUAAAAUAAAAUUAGAUGGUAUUUACAGGAAUUAGCACCAAUCUCUGCUUAAAUUACUCAGGUAAGCAACUUACCGUAUGUUUCUGUUACACGAUUACUUAAAUAAGAUUCUCAUUCAAUCAGCUUAUGUCGAGGUGGUGAAAUAGGCGCUUAGCGUGUUGUAGGAUUCGUGAUCAGAAUAACUGAAAUAACUAUUUGUAAAAUAGCAUCAUGCUUCAGUUUUCAUAAGUAUAAAAGUGGUAUAUAAAAUCAUACUCAUUGAUGUAAUUAAAUAGACAUUAUU